AGAAAUAAGCAGAAUUGUAAAAGCAGCAAUGCCCGUGCCACAAAAUAAACUUUUGACAUUACUGUUUAUGGUGCGCUUGUGUGCGAUUUCAAAAGCAUCGGUUGGAGACCGCUCCUACAUCUACAAUAAGUGCUUGAACAAUUGUUUCGCUGUUAAUUGUACCGACACCGAAACAUUCAUUGCUAAGCAAUCCUUUGUGCUGAGAUUGCUAAGAUGGAGUUGUCCUGAGGAAUGUAGAUAUUUGUGCAUGUGGGAAACAGUGGACGCUUUUCGUCAGGAUGGAACACCAGUUCCACAAUUCCAUGGAAAGUGGCCCUUUGUGCGUCUUCUGGGAAUUCAGGAACCAGCUUCAGCUACAUUUUCACUUCUAAACGCUGCCAGUCAUCUGAUGUUAUUUCAGUACAGGGCUGUUGUUCCUCCUUCUACUCCCAUGUACAUUGUAUGGCAUGGACUAGCACUUGUAUCUGUGAAUGCCUGGAUGUGGUCAAUCAUUUUUCAUGCCAGAGAUACUGAUUUUACUGAGCUAAUGGACUAUAUGUGUGCACUCUCAGUUGUACUGUACAACGUUUUUGCCCUUUGCUGUCGAUUCCAUGGCACAAAGCAACAAUGGAGACCAGCUUUAAGUGGCUUUAUUCUAAUGACUGUCUUUGCACAACAUUUCUAUUAUAUGGCCUUUGUGAAGUUUGACUAUGGCUACAACAUGAUGUUCAAUAUUACAAUAGGUUUCUUCAACAUUCUCGGUUGGAUUGCUUGGAGCAUAAAGAAUCGUAAGCAUCGGUAUGUGUGGCAGUGUGUUGCCACUGUGAUAGCAAUCAACUGUCUGUUGCUUCUUGAGCUGCUGGAUUUCCCUCCUCUACUGUGGACCUUUGAUGCCCAUUCCUUGUGGCAUGCAGGUACAGCACCCUUAGGGCUGCUGUGGUGGAGAUUUAUCAUCAAUGAUGGGCUGCAUCUAAAACAUGAGCAAGAACUCAAAAAAAGGAUUUGAUGCCUGGAAAGACAAUUUUUGUUGCACUUAGCUGAAACUUUUGAAUAUUAUUCAGCGUAAGAAUGCUGUUGUUGUCCCACCUCUAAAUUCAACAGUUUUUAUCCUGUUGUCAUAUAAUAUUAAAAAGACAAAGAAAGCUGAAAAAGGAUGUGAACUGUAAUAUAGUAAAUUGGAAGAAGAAUGUGAAAACGCUUGGUUUUGCAUCUUUAAAGACUGCUGAAGAUGUUUUUAAUUCAUAAAAUGAUACUAAUUCCUAAAAUAAAUCCAUCUGCAUAUUUAGGCAUCAACCAUAAACUUGCACAGAUUCAUGACAUCACAAAACAGAUAAAAAUCUCAUGUUGGUAAGGUUACAGCCAUUGGUAUCUCAGAAGCUUAUGAAAAUAAAGCCUGAGUUUCAUGAGCAAGGAGGGGUUAUUCACUCAGAUUUUGGGAACUGAAUAUCUUUUAAUGAAUCCAGGCACAAAUCAGCAGAUGGGUGAGUCUAUAAAUGGAUCUUUACUAUCACAUUUAGAUGUUAGGUUGUUAUUCAUUAUUUUUAUAAGUAAGAAGCAAAAUGUCCAGUGAGUGCAUGCAAGUUCUGAUUUGUGAUCCCUUGGUUGUCUUUUCUUGGCCUGUUAUAUGCAAACGUGAUUCUUAAAUGUAGUAUUGUCUAAGCCGUGAACUGUUCUCACUCUGUUUCCAAUCAGAUUGCAUAGUAAGGGAAUGGGUCAGUAUUAUGUUAUCAUCUUUUAUUCAUUGAAGAGAAUGUUUGUAAAACAUGUGCUGUUUGUAUUGUAUAUACAUUUCUACAGUUUUCACAAUGCCUUCAAAACAUUCUACUUACAGCACAAAAAUGUUCCUGAAUUUCGUUUAAAGUGCCACAUAAUGACUUAGUGGCCUAGACACAAAGAAGUUAUCAAAGUUUUAAAUUAAAAAUAAAUUUCUUUAUUUUAGUGACAAUGGAUAAGAUGUUAUCCUUGAUUUAUCAUUACUGAACUGUUCACUUAUAUGUUACUAACUUGUGUUUCAUUAUUGUCAUUACAUAUUUUAUGUUUUAUUCAUUUAAUAUGCUGUGCAUUUCAUUCUUGUUAGUAACCUUUGUUUUGUUCUUGUCAUUAACUAUUGUUUUAUUCUUGUCAUUCACUUAAUUAGUGUUUUGUUCUUCUUGAUAACUUUAUAGCAUAAGUAUGAAUUUGCCAUGAUCUUUUGUUUUAGGAACUAAUAUUUGUUAGUUUGCCACCAGUGUCCUUUUUGAAAAUAAUAAUGAAAUUGAUUUAUUUUUAAUUUACAAAUUAAAAAUGUUUAUUUACGGUUAGUUAAAAAAAUUUUCUUACAUCAUAACUUGAACUCAGGGUCCAUUGUUACUGUGCUUGUUGUAAACUGGUCUUGUUGAUUAUUGGAUUACCAAGAUGACAGUGUUGUCAACAUAAGAAUCUAGGUAAGAGUAUGGUGAUCAUGAUACUCAAAACAAACUCUAUAUCCUCCUUGAGAUAUGAUGGAGCUGUGAAAUUAGUGAAGAUUGUGAUUUUUAAUUAUCUUUAUAUUACCACAGAUGACUCGAACAUCAUAUUUUGCCAAUAAAUUUGUUUACUGAAGGUUUUUUUUUUUCAGUCAUUGCUAUGUCCCUUAUUCAGAAAGUGGUAAAGAUAAUUUUCAGAACUAUUUCAUAAUUUUCAAUGCUUUCUUUCAUUGAAAAAUCCAUUAAAACCACAAAGAAUAUCUAUAUCUAACUGUAAUGUUAAAUUAAAACAUUUUCUCAUU